AUGAUUAUAGUCACGAUAAGAUUUUAUAAACCUAGAUUAGGAGAAUUUCCAUUCCAAGCAAGUUUAAUGCUUCGUAGAAAUAAAACAACCACCACUUUUUGCGGAGGAAGCUUAAUACAUAUCGAAUGGAUUCUAACUGCUGCUCAUUGUUUGGAAAAUGAUGGUCAGCCAUUACCUGUGUACGUAGAGAGUUAUUCAGUAGAAAAGCUUCUAUAUUCAUUAUUAUCAUUUGUUUCCAAUAAUGAUUAUCAUCAACCAGAAACAUUGAGGAAAGCCAUCCUCCACAUUGAUUUCCCGAACAAAUACUUCAUGAAUUCAGCAAAAUCCAAUGAAAUUUGUUGCAGCUCUACUAUCUCCGAAGGAAAAGCGUGUAAAGGAGAUAGUGGAGGACCACUUACGAUAAUAAGAAACCGAAAAUAUCUUCAAGUUGGUAUCACCAGUCAUUUAUCGAUUUUACCCCUCUGCAAAAUAUCUUUCAACAAUUCCAUUUAUACAAGAGUGUCGGCUUACAUCAACUGGAUUUCCAAAGUUACUGGUAUGGAUUUCACAAAAUUCAAUCAGAAUUAG